AUGCUCACUGAAUUUUUUGCACUUAAUCGGGCCGAUGACCAACAAUCUAGGCAUCUUUUGUACAGGAAAAUCCCAGAAUAUUACAGUUGGCACAACAAGGAAAAAGAAUGGCGUCGAGGCAGGUCACAAAAGAGAGCUAUUGGUCGGAUCUAUACCGUUUCGCCAAUAGAAGGUGAAAAAUUCUAUUUGCGUAUUCUGUUGUCAAAUGUAAGAGGCCCAAUUGGUUGGGAUGAUUUGCUAACAGUCGAUGGUGUCCAAUAUUCGUUCUUUAAGCAAUCCGCUCAGCAUCAAGGACUGUUGGAGAGUGAUAGUAGUAUAAGAUCAUGUUUGGUUGAGGCAUCCAUUUUGAGAAUGCCAUGUGCUCUAAGAAGGUUGUUUGCCACCAUUCUAAUUUUUUGUGAGCCAACAGAUGUAAGAAGUCUGUGGAACGAGUUUCUUUCAUGUAUGGUGGAUGAUUACGCAUCAACAAGCACUACAACCUGCAAUGGGUUGACAAAUCGUUUGCUUAGGGAUUUAAAUGACAUCCUCCUACAACAUAGAAAACAUAUUGCACAAUACGAUUUACCAUCUCUAACCUCGGACAACGACAACGACAACUUCAUGCCUAGAAUUAUUCAAGAAGAAAUGUCCAUCGAAGUUCCUCAAGAAGACCUGUGUUCUAUAGAAAGAUUAAAUCAUGACCAGUCUGUAGCUUUCAGGUGCAUUAUGAAUACAAUUGAUCGAAGAGAAAGUGAAGUGUUCUUCGUGGAUGGACCAGGAGGAGCAGGUAAGACAUUUCUUUACAGAGCUAUAAUUGCAAACUUAAGAAGUAAAGGGCAUAUUGUCUUGGUAACUGUGUCCUCAGGAAUAGCUGCAACUUUACUGCCUGGUGGUCGAACAGCUCAUUCUAGAUUUAAGAUUCCAAUCAAUGCAGAGCCAUCCUCCACGUGCAAUAUAAGUAAACAAUCUGAUCUUGCAAAACUGAUUAGGCAGACGACCGCGAUAAUUUGGGAUGAAGCGCCAAUGACUAAUAAAGAGACAAUGGAAUCACUGGACCGCACAUUACGAGAUAUCUUAGAAAACAAUAAUCCAUUUGGAGGGAAAGUGAUGGUUAUGGGAGGGGAUUUUCGCCAAGUACUACCUGUUGUGCCGAAAGGAAGUAAGUCGCAAAUGAUUUCAGCUUCUAUUGUUAAAUCACAUUUGUGGGCAUUCACCAAAAUUCUCCACCUGCGACAAAAUAUGCGAUCUCUUAAUGAUCGUGAUUUUGCAGAGUAUCUUAUGCGCAUAGGGGAUGGGAUUGAGCCUACCAUAUGUGAAGACUUGGUACAAAUAGAAGUAGGCAUGGCAAUACCAUGGGAAGGUGAGGCAUCAUUACACAAAUUAAUAGAAGAAACCUUUCCAAAUUUGCAAUCUCAUGGGUGGGAUGCAUCUUAUAUGGUGGAGAGAGCGAUAUUGACACCCAAGAAUCAUGAUGUGCAACAGCUUAAUGAUAUAGUCAUCAACCAAUUUCCGGGAGACGAACGAAUUUUAGCAUCCUUUGAUGAAGUAGAAGGAGAUACAAAUAAUCUGUAUCAACAAGAAUAUCUUAACUCGAUCUCUACAGGUGGAUUGCCACCUCAUAUGUUGAAGGUAAAAAAAGGUGCUCCUCUGAUGUUACUGAGAAACAUAGAUCCUAAGGCAGGCUUAUGCAAUGGCACAAGGCUACUGUGUCGAGGAACUUUUCAAAAUAUGUUAGACGUGGAAAUCUUAACAGGCCAUCACUCUGGAAAAAGAGCUUUUCUGCCUCGGAUAAAACACAAAACAACUGAGAACUCAGGACUACCCUUUGUGCUUAUUAGAAAACAAUUUCCUGUAAGGUUGAGUUUUGCCUUAACGAUAAAUAAAUCACAAGGGCAAACUAUCCCUAAGGUAGGGAUCUAUCUCCCUAAACAUGUGUUCAGCCAUGGUCAAUUAUACGUUGCUCUAUCUCGAAGUGUUUCUCAGUCAACCAUAAAAAUCUUAGUCAAAGAAGGAACAGUAGAUGGAAAAAGGGGACAAUUCACAAAGAAUGUGGUGUUCAAAGAAAUUUUGUUACCUGCACCUCCGGUAAUUUAUGUCCUUGGCAAAUAUGUGAGCCUUUUUACAAGUAUAAUCCGUGUAUUAUGUAAUUUUAUCAUUACAAUAUCAACAUUGGAAUAG